UCACCAAGCAGUCUGCUGACAUUAACAGCAGUCUGCUCCUGUGAAAGCGCUCUCUCAGAGAUAGGAACAAGUCACCACUGGCUUGAUGGUUUUCUCUGUCUUGUUGGUCGCCUGGCCUCUGGAUCCGCCUCCAACUGUGGAAAAAUAACCCCGCCUGCAUGAAUUCCGUUUCUUUUUCCAAGGAUGCUAUCGGACCUGCUACGGCGUUUACUGCGCGUACUUUUCACCAUUGGAUUAACGCCUCGUUGUAUUAUUUAAUUUAAACAUCAACGUUAGCUCUAGCAGUGAGCACAUUAUACCGACUGUUUUGCAAAGUAAAAGAACGACGUUAUUGCAUUGACGACAUCUGCAACAGCACGGGAUAUAAAGAUUGGGUGAAGUUACUGCAGAUGCUGGAAUCUAUUGAAAACGAAAAAAAUACUGGAUAUUACAUCGGGUCAGGCAGCAUCCACGGAGAGAAAGCAAGCUAACGUUAUGAGUCUAGAUUGAGAUUUCUUACAGCAAUUGAAAGUUUAGGGAUAAAAUACAGCUAUAACCGUCGAAUAUUAAAACAAAAAUAAAUCCAAAGGAUUUGUUUGAAAUCCGGUGUCGAGGAGUGGCGCUUGAAAUAAGAUUUGCACCUGCUUUGAACCGUUUUAAGGAACUGAGACAUUGGCUGAUCUAUUGGGAUGAGGGGGUAGGGUGCAGGUUGAAAGCAAGAAAAAAAAACCCUCCUACAGACAAAAUCAAUAACCGGUAACACUUGACUUGCCGUACGUGAGUGAUGUUUGUUUUGGAGAGACGCCACAUCUGUGCUAUAGCAGCCCACCUUGCAGUCCCCGGCAAUGGGUAGAUCCCGGUGCAGGAACUGCCGCCUGCUCUUCAUGUUGGUGAUCACUGCCGGCUUCUUCGUGGUCGAGCUGGUGGUCGGGCACAUGGGCAACUCCCUGGCGCUGGUGUCCGACUCCUUCAACAUGCUGUCCGACCUGAUCUCGCUGGUGAUCGGCCUGCUGGCGGCCACCCUCGGCAAGAUCACGAGGCACCCCCGCAACACGUACGGCUUCGCCCGGGCCGAGGUGGUGGGCGCGCUGGCCAACGCCGUCUUCCUCACCGCUCUAACCUUCACCAUCCUGGUCGAGGCCAUCAUCCGCCUCAUCCGGCCCCAGAGGAUCGACGACGUGGAGCUGGUGCUGAUGGUGGGCGCCCUCGGGCUGGCGGUGAACAUCAUCGGGCUCAUCCUCUUCCAGGACUGUUGCUUCAAGAGACAAGUGUCCGGCAGCCCCACAGGUUACUUGGCAACCGACGCCGGAGAACAAAGAGAAAACAAAGCACCAGCAACUGCAUCAGCUUUAAAUAUUCGAGGUGUUUUUCUACAUGUCAUGGGCGAUGCAUUAGGAUCUGUGGUGGUGGUCGUCGCUGCUACUAUAUUCUAUAUACUUCCACUUAAUGAAGAUGAAUUCUGUAACUGGAAAUGCUAUGUAGAUCCAAGUAUGACAAUCAUUAUGGUUAUAAUAGUUCUAUUAUCUGCUUUCCCACUCAUAAAAGAAACAGCAGUUAUCCUGCUCCAGAUGUUACCCAGAGGGAUCAAACUGCAUGAAUUUGAUGAAAAAUUGUGUGCAGUUGAUGGAGUGCAUGGGAUUCAUGAACUCCAUAUAUGGGAAUUGGCUGGAGGUAGGCAUAUUGCAACUCUUCAUGUGAAAUGCCUGGAUCUUUCCUCCUACGAAACAGCAGCAUUACAAAUACGUGAAAUCUUCCAUAAUGCAGGAAUUCACUCUGUUACCAUUCAGGCAGAGUUUGUUGAUACAGUGCCUGGUUCAACUCUAAAGUGCAAUUUUCCCUGUGUCCGAAAGGAAUGUGAAAAUAAAAUGUGCUGCAUUUCUCAAAAUGACUGCAACCUUGAUGCAGAAGGUUCCAUAGAGAUGCGUAACAAUUCUCCAGGGCCAUCGAGAAAUGGCUUCAUGGGUAACAAUGCAGCAGAAGAUAAUGUAGAAGAACUUUCUAUUCUUCCAUCCUAUGACCUGACAACAACUAAACAGAAAGAAGGAAAGGAAGCCACAAAUGGGCUGUCGCAUUUGCACAGUACAUCACUAUAAUUUGAUUUUAUAGGCAAGAAAGAUUUUGCAUUGAAGUUGAAUUUAGGACUGGUAAACCUACAGAUUAUACUCAUUAUUAAAAGCAAGACUGCUACAGCAGAGUUUGAUGUAACUAUUAACGAGCAGCUUCUUCAUUAUAACCUGUCUGAAAUGAGUUUGAUGAACUAAAUACAGAUCACAACAGCUAUCUUAUUUGUGCUGCUAUAAAAAGUGAAACAAAGUGGCAAAUUACAAUUUUAAUGUUUUACUUCUUGUGUACAUUAAAUCUGAGUGAAUUCCUCAGUUCUAUUUAAUUUCUGUUGCAUGAAAUCUUUAACUUUGACAUUGCUGUCAGAUGUCCGGUACUGACCAUUUUUUUCAGAGCAUUAAAAGACCAUUUAAAUUGUUCAAAUCUCAUUAAACCACAGCCAUUGAAUUUUGUUUUGCAUGACUGUAUCAUGAAAUUAUCAGGUAUCAGGGAAUUGUUUUUUUUACACAACUGUUCAGCAGGGUUGUUUCCAGACAAGCUGCUCUUUCUAAUGAGUUUUGUCUGGAAAGCAUCAGUCUGAUUGCUAAUCUGUGUUCUUCAUUAAAAAACAGUGUGAUGUUCUUUGUUGCCACCUGAGUUUUAUUAAUUACAAUUACAAACACUGGGGUAAUUGAAUGGGAGACAUGUCUUUAUUCUAAACAGUGAUUUGGAUCCAGUGAAUUCCUGAGAUUGAGAUAAUAUGGAUUCAGUACUGAGUAAGAAUCAAAACAUGUGGAUUGGGAGAGGGCACAAAAAUAAACUUUCAUCUGGAUUUGGUGGGGGAGCCAUAGGUUUCUUGUAUUCUAACCAAAUUACUGCUUUAACUUUCAGUGAUGUUGGUGGGUAUGGGUGGGGUGGAGGGAAGAGUGGAAUAGGAUUUGGAUGAUGACAGGAAGAGAGCAAAUUUGCCAUUCAUCCCGAUCGCAAGGGGACAUGCUUUGGGAAUAGUCUAAGCCACUUUGAGAAUUUGGGUCUUUGUGUUGUUAUGAAAUCUGUGGGUGAACUUAUUCAGUAAUUUUUGGUUAAUUUGUAAUUGUAAUUACUAACAAGCUUCUGAAAACCACAUGUACUGCUGUGGUUGUGAAUCCUUUUUAGAUGUUUGGAUGGUAUAGUUUUGUUACUAGAUGCAUUUGUCACAAAAUCACAUCUCUGAUUUAUUGAUAUGUACUCCUAUUCCUGCCCGGAGGUGUGAUUAGAAUGUUGUUCUUACAAGAGCCAUAAAUUUAAUUCUUGUGGUAAUUUUUCAUGAGAUAUUAAAAAACUGAUAAAGUGAACAAGCCUAACGUUGGUCUAGAGAUUGACGUGUUUUCUUCUGAAAGCUUGUGUAUUUACAACAGAUUUCAGGCAAAGCAUUUAAUGAUAAACAAACCUCCUCAAAAGAGAUUGAGUUGUAAGUUUAAAUAAGUAUGCCGAGGUUUUGCCUCAUUAAUUUUUGGAAGGAAAUGGAAAGAGGUAUUUCACAAUUUUCACUCAAUUGGUUACAUAUGUCAGGAAUUGUUUGUAUUCAGGUAGAUGGUAUGUGAAAGAAACAAGUUUGAUGGGCUGAAUUUUGUUCUAAUCUCACCCUGUGGUUUUGUUUUAUACUCUAGCUUCACUUCAAUGUGCAGUAUGCCUUAAAAUGAUUUGUUUCUGUCAACAGUAUUUGGCAUCACACUGCCAAGAAACCAUUUAUUGCCAAAGCGUAAAGUCCAAAAAGAUUAGAAAAGCAGAAACUAUUAGGGCGAUCAGGAAGGAUUCUUUCACUUCCCCAGAAUGAAUCUGGAUACUUAAAUUGUACUUUAAACAUGAAAGAAUGUGGUAGAAAUAUAUCCUUAUUUUAGCCUACGUGUGCAUAUAUCAUACAGCAGUAUCCAAUCAGAUUAUCAACAAUGCCAUUUGCUGGGGGUUUACACAUUCUCAUAAGAAACAGUUCAUUUUAAUGAGCAAAAUCAUUAUCAAAUGUUAAAUUACUGCUUUGAACUGCCUUUCAAAAAUGUUGUGAUUUGUAGUUGUUUUCAAGAUUACAGUUAAUUCUGAUUGAAAAUUCUUGCGGAAAUGUAUUUCUUUUGUUCUGUUACUUCUGUUUGUAGUUAUUGUGCUGCAAUUAAAAGUGGGCACUGUAUACUCUGAAAAUAAUCAUCCUGCACAAGUGUUAAUGGUAAUAGUAUGCAUGUAUUGUUUGAUAUGCUUUUCAAGAGUGAAUGAUCUUCGAGAAUGUGUAGACAGGUUGAGACAAUAUAAACGUGAUACUUGAAAUUUACAAAUAAAUAUACUUAUUUUGAAAUGUUAUUCUCAAUGGGAGAGUAAAGCUACUUGUUGUAAGAUAUGAGUGUU